GCAGCAGCAGCAGCGAGUCGUGAGCGGCGUGUGAGUGUGCGUGUGUGUUUGAGUGUGUGUGUGUGAGAGUGUGUGUGUCAGCGAAAGAUUUCUGAAGAUGCAGAAGAGGUAACGUUAGCUCGUCUGACGGGAUGGCCGGAAUCAUCAAGAAGCAGAUCCUGAAGCACCUGUCCAGGUUCACUAAGAACCUCUCCCCAGAUAAGAUCAACCUGAGCACGCUGAAGGGAGAGGGGCAGCUGUCCAAUCUGGAGCUGGACGAGGAGGUCCUGCAGAACAUGCUGGAUCUGCCCACCUGGCUGGCCGUCACCCGCGUCUACUGCAACAAGGCUGCUAUACGGAUACAAUGGACAAAGCUAAAGACCAGUCCCAUAUGUUUGUUCCUGGAUAAAGUAGAAGUUGAAAUGAGGACCUGUGAGGAACCCCGGGCCCCAAACGGCCCCUCUCCGAUUGCCAGUACUGCAGGUCAAAGUGAGUAUGGCUUUGCUGAGAAGGUCGUGGAGGGAAUGUCUGUGAUCAUUAACUCCAUCACGAUUAAAGUUCAGGCCCGAGCGUUUCACGCCUCCUUCGAGCUCUGGCAGCUCCAGGGCUGCAGCCUCAAUCCCAAAUGGCAGAAGGACGACCUGCGCUACACACGCAUUACACAUCCAAAGAGAGGAGAGGUCCUAACAUUCAAGGAGAUCAACUGGCAGAGUCUGCGUAUAGAGGCGGACGCCAUCGAGAGAGACGAGCAGGAUCUGGGCAGCACACCACUGCGCCUCAUUACCAAUCAAGGAUGCAUACGCAUCGCUCUCAAGCGCAGGGUGAAGGACUGCGAUGUCUUGGCCUCUAAGCUGCUGUUUAUUCUGGACGAUCUGCUGUGGGUGCUGACGGACUCUCAGCUCAAGGCCAUCAUCCACUACGCCAAGUCUCUGAGUGAAGCCAUGGAGAAGUCCGGCCAGCAGAGGAAGAGCAUGGCUGCUGAGACACUACAGACUGCACCUCCCUCUCCUGGGAUCCACUCUCUGUGGACUGAACCUCCUCCACCCGAAGCGGUCGGGACCCCCAGCACACUGGCCCAGUAUUUUGACCUCCACGAUGUCAAGGAAUCAUCCUACCACACGUUCAUCUCCCGACUCGACCUGCAUAUCUGCAACGACAGCUCCUCAGAUUCUGAUGAAGCUCCACCUCCAGGCACACAGGGUGCGAUGCAGCUGACCUUCCGGAAGCUGGGCUGUGACUAUUACCCGUUACACAGGCCAGGUGAUGGCUGUCGUCACUGGGAGCGUCACUGCGGGGCGAUGGAGUCUCGUGCUCAGUGGGCCGCCAAACUGCUGCAGGAGUUUCAGAGGAGGGUGGAGGAUCUGGGCUUCCCUGGACCGCAUCCAGAGCCAAACAUGUCUGCUAAAGACUCUCCGCCCAAAAAAAUCAAGGAUGGAGAAUCACUGCCCAAUCUCAGUCCUGAGCGGUCUCAGACCUCACGGCGUACUUCAGCAGCCGUCCCGUCCUCAGGACCCCCACUGAAGAGGCUUCGCUCCAGCUGUAUGGUGAUCCGUGUGGACGACCUGGAAAUCCAUCAGGUGUCCACUGGAGGCCGUCACAGCAAGAGAACACAGUCUCUCUUCUCCUGCAACCGCAAAUCAUUACAUCUCCUAGACAACACUCCUGCAAUUCACCUUCAGUUCACUGAAUACUACUACCCUGAUAACCCUGGACUUCCUGUUCCCUCCUCUAAUCUUUAUGCCCAGCUCAAUGGUCUGCAAAUGUGUCUGGAUGCCCCAAGUGUCUUGUGGAUGACUCUGUUCUCACGGGGUCUACACAGGACGCUAGAUCAGGUCAAAGCCUUUUAUCACCUCCAGGACAGCAGCAAGACAGACGAACACAUCGAUAUCCGCCUGGAUGCAACACAGCUAAAGCUCAUCAUUCCUCUGGAAUCCUCUUUUCUGGAUCACCCAGACCGUCCUCAGUCAUUGAGUGUCAGUCUUCCUCAGAUCGUCCUCAGCAACACACGCCACACUCCUCAUGGUUCCCAUUCGGACCUCAACAGUACUUAUAGCAGCUUCUCUGUCCACCCUUUCUUCCAUCCCACAGCUAGCCAACCUUUCCCUCGCGAUCAGAGUGUCCUUCAUCCCCUGCCUUCUGCAUUCCUUCAGCACUCUCUGGAAAAUGAGUCCCAGUCAUUAGCACACAAACAUCCCUCUCGCUCCCAGGAUGUCUGGUCUGUCAGUCUGUCCCAAGUGACUCUUGGAUUUGAGGGGGCUCGUCGAGGGCUAAGAGGGAAAGCUCUUCCCUUUGUGGAGCCCUUUGCCAUAUCCUUAUGGAUUUGCUGCCCUUCUGCCUUCAAAAAAGACUCUCACUGUUCAAAUAUAGUUGCAGAUUCAAAAUCCUCAACUUGUUUUAGCAAACAACCACUUCUUGACUCACAGCAGGGUGUAAAUAACGUCGCAUCUAGUAAAGUUGACCAAACUGAAGAUCUAGUCAACUCUCCCAUGGCCUCUAUUCAUAUCUUAGCCCAAUCCAUCACUCCUGUCAAAAUGUGGCUCAACCACUACCAGUUUUUAGCUCUUUUGCGGAUGAAGGAAUACCUUGCCCGACUAGCUGGAGAUUUGACCAAGGACGUCCAGGGUUUGGGACAACCUGAGCAUAAAACAUCAGAUCCCCCUUUGGUUUGUCUCUCAAUCCUAAUGGAGGCGAUAGAACUUGCUCUACUGCUUCCUCCUGCAACAUCCGAGCAAGUAGAAGAAGCCCAUUCUCCUGAGGAAACAGACAGUCCUAGCUUGACCGACCCUGAUUUGUCACCAUCCCACCAUGCUGGCGAGCCAGUACUAAUGGAGGACAGUGGGACAGGAAGGAAUGAAGAUCAAGAGGAUGAUGCCGAGCAGGAGGGUUCAGUAGAGGAGGCUUGUGAAGCUGUUGAAGAAGGAAUGGAUGGACCAACGGGGCAGGAUGAUGAAACUCAGGCCGCCGUUACUUCCUCUUCUCCUCUGCUUUCUCCAGGGAAUCCUGCAUUACUGUCCCAUCAUAGCUCCACUUUCAGCUUGGAGGGAGAGCUGUCCAGUGCCCUGAAUGCCACCAAAGGUGUCACCAAAGACGCACUCAGCGCCUCCCUGGAUCUCACCAAGGGUGCGCUGUCCAUCACGAAAGAUGCCUUCAGCAUGCUGAGCCGAGGAUCUGGCAUGACGAAACUCUUCACUCCUCAAAACAAGGAGCAAAGUGCACGGCCAGAAGAGUCCAGUCCCUCCAUAAUGGGGAACCAGCGGCUUCAGUCCAUGAAACAGUCGCCUUCCCAAAACUCCUGUGACAGUGCCAUUUUAGAAAGUAGUCUGUCGGACGAUGGCUUGUCCAUUGAUAGUGACAUCAGUGAAAACUUUGUCAUCCUCAUGGACUCCGAGUCUUUGCGUCCCAAUGGUGCAGGUGUCUCCGGCAGCUGUGUGAGUCCAGCUCCAGGAACAGACCUCAGCAGCUCUCUAUCCCAGAGCACUGAAGACAUUGCUCAAGAUAUGGUGUCUGUGUUAGUUCUGUGUCUGAGUCGAAUGGGGUGCCUGACAGAGAUGCGUGGUGAAGAUAUCGUGGUGGCACUGGAAGCCCAAGAGCUUGUGCCUAAACAACAUGGCAACCAUAAAGUCACAGACCUGCUGGGAGGACUGGCACUGACACAGGCCGGUUCUUCCUCCCCGAGUGCUCCUCUGUCUCCCGGGCCCCGGUCUCUCUCCUGUCCCCCAGCAGCGGCCCUCAGGAUGGAGAUGGGACCACGUGCAGCCAGACACUCUCCUCUGUCUGAGAGCGUGGGCUUCAUGGAAAUGUGCCUGACAGGGUGCAAAGCAGAGCUCCUGGCUUCUACCUUAAACAUGCUGGGACCCUUCCUGGAGGACGAGCUCAGCACAGACCCCCAGCCGAUGAGACUGUGGUUACGGGACACUGCUAUUACACUAAAGGACGAUGGUCCUCGUCUGUACCCGACCGCUCCUCAGCCAGUUCCUGUGCUCUUCUCUCUGGACGGCAUUGUGCUGGAGUGUAUGGAUGAUGGGAUCCUCAGCUUGAGACCUGCGCAGAGCCAAUCAGGGAUCGAGACUGACGAGGACAAAGAUAGAGCUGGCCAAUCCUGCUUCAGAGCCGAGGAGAAGAACAAGUCUCUGGAGUCCAGACUCGCUGAUGUCCAGUCAGCUCUCGAGAAAGCUCAGAUUGACCGAGAGCGCCUGCUACAGGAAGUGAUGAAACACAACCCCUCCUUCACCUUAUGAUGAACAAAGGGAAAGAAACCAGACUUGAGUC